AUGUCGGUUGAGGUACUCAGCAUCCAGAUCACACUUAAAUCGAUUCUCGGUCUACAUUCAGUAGCUCCAAUGAUCAUUCCUCCUCAUAGAGCUAAUGCACGGAAUGCUAAUGCAUCCAAUGCUAGCACAGUUUCUUCAGUCUCGGAUCAUGAGGCCAAAGUUCCUACAAACACCACUGGUGGAUCAGUUGCAACUAGGGUUCGAGACUUUGUUCGUAUGAAUUCACCAAAAUUUCUAGGGUCGAAGGUCGGUGAGGACCCACAGAACUUCAUUGAUGAGGCUAAGAUGAUUUUUGAGGUAAUACAAAUGAUUGGUACUGAGAGUGUUGAGUUAGCAUUCUAUCAACUUAAGAAUGUCGCUCAUAUCUGGUUCACUCAGUGGAAAGAAAACAGGGGUGCAGAUGCAGCUUAUGUAACUUGGGAUUGUUUUACUAGAGCUUUUAUGGAUAGGUUGAAGGAUAAAAGCUUAGGGAAAUGUCUAAGGACAAUAAGAAGGCUAGAACAUGACAUUAUGAAUACUCUCAGCAAAGUUCGAGUGGUGGAAAUUGCUCACAGUUUCAGCACAGGUCUACAACCCCAGCACAUUCCUCAGCUAGCGCUCCGUCCCCCAGGUUUUGACACGAUCAGAAAAGUAGGAAACCAGGUUCUAAGUCACAGGGGAGUAAGAGAUUGGUGUUUUGGGUAUGGUCAGUCUGGCCAUAGGUUGAAGCAAUGCCCUUCUUCUAGGCAAGGGCAAGGGGGUAAUAACAAUAGGGCUCAGUCUACAGCUCCAGUAGGUGGCUCAACUCAGCAAGGUGUUUCAUUUUGUACAGGUGGUUGUCAGCGCCAAAAAAAGUUAUAUGCUCUCCAGUCUCGCCAGGACAAGGAAAAUUCUCCUGAUGUGGUCACUCGUACCUUCGAGUCUUUCAUUUAG